CUCCCCGGUGGCAACAUGGCGGCGCCCAUGCCGGGCCUCGCAGCGCAUUGUGGGUUCUGGCGGGGCGGUAGCGGAGGCAUCAUGGCGGCUCCCACGAGGGCGUCCUGGCGGCUCCUGGGCGCGCUGUGCCUGCAGCGGCCGGCGAUCGUGUCGGCGGCGCUGAGCCCGUUGGAGGAGGUGGUGGCGCGGCUGAUGCAGCAGUUGGAGACGGAGCGGAGCCGCCUGUCGGACCACGAGGUGCGGCACCAGGCCGAGGAGGAGCAGCUGCGGCAUCCCAAGGACCACGGUGACGAUCUGGCCGGCAGCGCCGUGGUGCUGGCGCGGGACCUGGAGGAGGCCUGGGAGGACCAGUUCCAGAAGGCCGAGCUCAGCCCCCGCCUCACAGAUGCUGAUAAGAACAAUGACCGCACCUCUCUGAACAGGAAGCUCGACAGUAACCUGACACUGCUGGUCAAACAGAAGGUUGGUGACCAGGAGCUGUGGCUUCUGCCUCAAAUGGAGUGGCAGUCAGGGGAGACACUACGAAGCACAGCGGAGCGAGCCUUGGUGUCUUUCUUGGGGAAUCGCAUCCAAGCCAAGUUUCUAGGGAAUGCGCCAUGUGGGCUUUACAAGUACAAGUUCCCCAGGGCCAUCAGGACUGAGGACAGCAUGGGGGCCAAAGUGUUUUUCUUCAAAGCUCUUCUCCAAAGCAGCCAUCUGUCCAAGGAAGAAAACAAAGCAGACUGCGUAUGGGUCACCAAGAGUGAGAUGGAAGAUUACUUGAAACCAGAAUACCUAAAGCAAAUCAGUAGAUUUGUGGUGGACCUGUGAGAGAGAGCUGUGCUCCAAGCAGGUAGGGAGAACAUGGGACAGGAUCUUUGGGAGGAGUGCAGCUGCUGCUUAGCAUUGCUUGUGUGACCAGAAUGCUAUCCUAGACCCUGAAGAAGAAUCCUGCAUCCCCUUGUUUUGUGACUCGCUCUCUGCAGGGUCUGUACUAAAUAAAUACUAAAACCUACCAUGUGAGGAUCUCC